AUGUGGACAAACUUGCGGCGAAGCCACAACUUGCUUCAAGACUUGGGACGGAAGAAGCUUUGGCAAGAAGCAGUUCAGCUUUUGAAAGACUUGGGUUCUGCCCGCGAUGCAAUUGCAAUCAACUGCACAAUCAGUGCCUGUGGUGCCGCUUUGCGCUGGGAGCAGGCCUUGGUCCUUUUGCCCAGUGAUCCGAUCGGCGCCUCUGCGGUCUUGAGCGCGUGCGGCCGCGCCCAGCAGUGGCAGAGGGCGCUGGCAGUGCUGACCGCCGGAGAGGCUCACGCCGAUGUGGGUUUGUACAACGCCGCGAUCAGUGUCCUGAAGAAGGAUCUGUGGAUGAAGGCCUUGGGCAUCCUCCAGCGACUACAAGAUCAGGCUUUCCGCCCAGACCUUGUGUCUUUCAAUGCCACUCUGAGUGCUUUGGCUUCGGCGCGGCGGUGGCAGCAGUGCUGCCACAUGCUGGCCUUGAUGAAUUCGCAGCGUGUGGUUGCUGACGGCGUGUCGCUGAGCAGCUGCAUCAAUGCCGUUGAGCAAGCUUGGCCCUUGGCACUCGAACUUCUGGAGCAGGCAUCCGAGAAGGACACGGUGCUUUGUGGGAGUGCCAUCAGUGCUUUGACCCGACAUGCGCAGUGGGAGCAUGCACUUCAGCUCUUCUUCGACAUGGAGCACUGGCAGAUCCGUCCCAAUCUGCUCACCUGCUCGGCGGCUCUGAGCGCCUGCGAGAAGGGUGUCCAAUGGACCUGCGCACUGGAGAUUUUCGAAGGUCGUCGACGAAGGGACUGGGAUGGUGUCGCCUACUGCAGCAUUCUCAGCGUUCUUGGGAAGGCCUCCCAGUGGCCAGCCGCGCUGGCUCUCUUUCGCCAAAGUCAGCAGGGAGCGGUGCAGCCCAGUAACUUCACCUUCAACGCCACGAUGAGCGCGUGCGAAAAGGGUCAGCAGUGGCCUUGGGCGUUGGAACUUUUCAAGGAGAUGUCUAGCUGGGCCUUAUCGCCUGAUCUGAUAAGCUACAACGCCUGCAUUGAGGCUUGCGCGAAAGGCGCAAGACCCACCUGGGGAGUGGCCUUGGAGGUCUUCAGCCAGUUGUUGGGCGCCCACUUACAGCCCGAUGCAGUGAGCUUCAACGCGCUCCUGAACGCGCCGCUGGAUCCACCCCUGGCGGAGGCGAUCUUCCUGGAAGCCUUGGAAGCCAAAGUCUAUCCAUGGCUUUUUGCCAAAGGGCCCCAUGUCUUGGACCUCCAUGACCUCUCGCCGGGUGCGGCGCACAUCGCGAUUGCAUGGUGGCUCCGGGAGAAGAACUACUGGAGCGGGCGCCACCCGAGUGGCCUGGAGCUGAUUUGCGGCUUGGGCCUCACGCGCAAGACCUGGGCCUCCAACAUGCCGCUGCGUCGUGCUGCGGAAGAGCUGCUCACCCAGCUGGACGUGCCCUGGGCAGAUCUCCGGAAUGGUGGAGGCCUUCGAGUGAUGCUUGGAUUCAACCAGUUUCAAGGGUUGCUUCUCUCGACCGCCGCCGCCGCCGAAGCACGAGAUGAGAGGAGAGACUUUGUGUCUUUGAUCCCUGGCUUGGGUAAUUUGCUCCUGCGAGGGCCCUUUGAGGAUUUGACUCGCGCCUGGUAUGUCGUCGUGGGUGCAACGAUUAUGACCAACAUGUUGCUGAACAUGGCGUACCGCGUAGCGGAUAGCUUUCAGUGCUGCGGAAUCACCGGGCACUUGAUCUACACCAAUCCCGACUUCGACAUCAAAGCGAAGCACCUCGGCGUCGGAAGGUAUGCCCAGCUACUGACAACCUGCUUUGUGACCCUCACCUAUUCCUCUGGCAUGCCAUUGCUCUACCUCUUUGCCUUUGGCUACAUGGGGCUAAUGUACUGGGCCGACAAGAUCUCCUUGUUGUGGUACUCCAAACGGCCUCCGCAGUACGACGCCUUGUUGGCACAGGAAUCCAGCGAAGCGAUGCUUCGCUUCACAGGUCUUCAGAGCUGCCCCUGGCACCCCUCCAUGCAUCCCUUUGCUCGAGGUUCGGAUAGCGAGGUCGUGGAAGCCAUGAAGACCGGAGGUGAUGACCUGGACGGCACUUUGCAGUCCUUGGGUUCCAAAGCCAAGGCACAGAGAAGCCGAAGCCCCAAGAAAACCGUGGGAACCGUGCGUGGGAAGAAAAGGCCAAUCACCUGA